UGGUUAAGGGAUAGACGAAGAGCGAAGUGGAUGGUAAUUAUUUAUCUCUAAUUUCCCAAGCACCUUCUAAGCCUGCACGAUAAAAUGCCUCUUCAUGGCCAUCCGAGGUAAGGAAAAAUCCAGACCUGCCCUUCUGCCCACCCCACAGCUUUGGGGGUUUGCACCGCAGCACCGGGCCUGGGGUUCCCUUCUCGGCUCGUCAUUGUCCGGUGGGAAAUCCACGGAGCGAGAACCGUAACGUGGACGAGAAAGUGCUAACCGGAACAAAAACUAGUAUCAAAAAUAAGGCUAUUUUUUUUACCUGCUUCCCUCGACCACCUCACGUGAAACAAAACCAAGAAAACACCAGCAAACUUGCCCUACCCGUGUGAAAUCCCACCAGCUCGGCUCUAGGGCGCUUCUGGGUCGGCCCCCGGGACGCCGAGCACUCGGGGCGCCGUCUCGGGGCCCCCAGCUCCCUCCACGGCCACGGCCCGCGACUAACAGGAAGGGGAUGGCCGGACGCCAGAACCGACGGUAAACGAGCGAUUCCCGCCGAACCCUGCUCGCACAGGGGGUGAGAAGUGAUGCGGGGCCCGGGCUAAGCUCGGCGGAGGCCGCGGGCAAGGCCUCGGGACUGCCGAGAGACAGGCAGGUCUCGCCGAAAGGGAGGCGGGAGAAGCGGGGCCUAGGCCGCAGCAGGCCCCGAAGUCGCUGUUCGCUACUUGCGACCCGGGCAUGGCGCCAGGCCUCCGGGCGGGGGCUAGCAUUACCUGGACAGGUUCCUGCAGCACCGUCAUCCUUGAGGCUCAGGCCCACUUUCUGCAAGUGCCUCAGGCCCCCCCCGUAGCGACUCCGGCCCGGCCAGCCCCGGCUCAUUUAAACUCACCAGCGACCGUUACCGGGGGAUGGGGGAGGCCGAGUGGUUGCCGAGCUCCUCCGAGCGAGACACGGAAAUAUCCGAAGUGGAGAGAGCCAAACGAGAGCAAGACAGAAAAGCCCGAGAGGUGUCGGAAACACCCGAGGUCUGACCUCCACUGGAGAUCUCGAGACAGCAUGCCUCCCAAGAAGCCUGAGCCUAAGAAGGAGGCCGCCAAGCCAGCUGCAGCCCCGGCGCCAGCCCCUGCCCCGGCUCCAGAGCCCCUCAAGGACUCUGCCUUUGACCCCAAGAGUGUGAAGAUAGACUUCAGUGCCGACCAGAUCGAAGAGUUCAAAGAGGCCUUUUCACUGUUUGACCGGACACCAACGGGAGAGAUGAAGAUCACCUACGGGCAGUGUGGGGACGUGCUGAGGGCCCUGGGCCAGAACCCCACCAACGCAGAGGUGCUGCGCGUUUUGGGCAAACCCAAGCCUGAAGAGAUGAAUUCCAAGACCCUGGACUUUGAGACGUUCCUGCCCAUCCUGCAACACGUCUCCCGCAACAAGGAGCAGGGCACCUAUGAGGACUUCGUGGAGGGGCUGCGGGUCUUUGACAAAGAAAGCAACGGCACGGUCAUGGGGGCGGAACUUCGGCAUGUCCUUGCUACCCUGGGAGAGAAGAUGAGCGAGGCAGAGGUGGAACAGCUGUUGUCUGGGCAGGAGGAUGCCAAUGGCUGCAUCAAUUAUGAAGCAUUUGUCAAGCACAUCAUGUCUGGGUAAAGUGGAUUUCUCCGGGUGCUUGGUCCUGAGAGACCCAUGCAGGCUGUCAUGGAGUCUUGGAUUCCCGUCCCCGGCCUCACAGGCUCACAACCUUCCCUGUAAAUAAAGAGCCCCAGUAUGGAGUCUCGUCCA